UCCAAUAUGGCUGACCAUACGUGGAAUAAAGACAAGGCAGUUUUGGAAAGUAUUUUUAAUCCCUAUAUGCCUUUAGGAACUACUACAGAGAACGUAAGAGAUGAAUUGCCCGAGGAGGAGAAUUGUAAUGGUAUUAACCUGCAACAGGCCAAACAUUACGAAAUGUGUGGCGUAGAAAAAGCAGAGCAGGCAGACUACGAUGGUGCUAUGGAGUGUUUCAAUAAGGCUAUUGAAAUAGCGGGUUCUCGAUCUUCUGGAUAUAAUAAUAGGGCACAACUUUGGAGACUUAAAGGUGAUAUUAAUAAUGCCCUAAAGGAUCUCCACAAAGCAAUAGAACUAGAGCAACAUGGCCAAGCAGUUGGCCAGGCAUAUACUCAACGGGGGCUAAUAAACAAACUACAAGGGAAUGAUGAUGCAGCAUUACAGGACUUUCAGGCUGGUGCCAGACUUGGCAAUAYGUUUGCUAAAUCAAUGGCAAUCCAGUGCAAUCCAUAUGCAGCAAUGUGCAACAAAAUGCUUGCAGAAGCAAUUGGCAAACUUAGUGAAAGUAAUUCUUAGGCUUAAGGUUUAUUUAAUCUUUCUUGAUAGCUGCCGAGACAAAAUAUGGUCUUUGAGUUUGAAGAGCAGUAAUGCUCACUGAAUACAUUGUGCCAAAUACAUUGUCUGGAUUUCAUUAGUAUUUUAUCACUAUUUAAUAAUUAAUUAAUUUGGUUAUGAAUAAGGUAACACCUAAAAUGUACUAGGCCAAAAUCUAUUAUUAAAGAGUUUUGAGAUCAUAUAUGAUUACCAUUUAAAAUGAUAAUCUCCUCACAGGUGUGACAACACAAGGUUGCGUGACACAUGACCAAAACUAAACACGGUUGUGAGGAGACUAAUAAAAUGAAUGAUGGUCCAAAAAAGGAAAAAAAUAAAUUAAUUAACAGUGGUGAAAUAAAUAAAUUUGUUCUUGUCUGGUAAGGCCAUUACAGGCUAUUACAUACUAUACUGUAUAGUAGUAGUGUAAUUGCCAGAGCAAAUGCUAAAUUA